AUGAUUUUAAAUAAUUGAAUAAUAAAUUCUCCAUUAGAUCAAUUUAUAAUUAAUAAUAUAUUAGAAAUUAAUUCACCUUUUAUAAAUUUAAGUACAAUAAAUAUAAGUACAUUUAGUAUAUAUACUAUAUUAGUAUUAUUAGUAAUUUAUUAUUUAUUUAAAUUAUCAAUAGGAAAAAAUUUAAUUAAAGGUUCAAAUUGAUUAAUAUCAAUAGAAGCAGUAUUUGAUACAAUAUUAAAUAUGGUUAAAGGACAAAUAGGAGGAUCAGUCUAUGGAAGAUAUAUACCAUUAAUAUAUACAUUAUUUAGUUUUAUAUUAAUAGCGAAUUUAAUAGGAAUGGUACCAUAUAAUUUUGCAUUAUCAGCAAGUUUAAUAUUUAUAAUAGGAAUAUCAGUAAGUUUAUGAAUAGGUUUAACAAUAUUAGGUUUAUUUAUAAAUAAAUUUAUAUUUUUUAGCUUAUUUGUACCAAGUGGAACACCAUUACCAUUAGUACCGGUAUUAGUUUUAAUAGAAUUAUUAUCAUAUACAGCGAGAGCUAUAUCAUUAGGAUUAAGAUUAGGAGCUAAUACAUUAUCUGGUCAUUUAUUAAUGAGUAUAUUAAGUAAUUUAGUUAAGAAUUUAAUGAGUAUAAAUUAUAUAACAUUAAUAUUAGGAUUUAUACCAUUAUUAGGGAUAUUUGCGAUAGUAAUAUUAGAAUUUGCUAUAGCAUGUAUUCAAGCAUAUGUAUUUGCAAUCUUAACAUCAAGUUAUUUAAAAGAUAGUAUAUAUUUACAUUAG